GCGAGGCUGACCUGUCGAUGAGGGAUUCCCUAAAAUGGCAAAAAGUAAUGAAGAGCCUUUGAGGAUUCUCUGUAUCCAUGGUUACAGACAGAGUGGACAGGCCUUCAGAGAAAGAACUGGGGCUUUCAGGAAAAUAGUCAAGAAACAAGCAGACCUUGUCUUCAUCAACGCCCCCAAUAUCGUGCCACCAUUUGAGAAUGCAGAAGGUGAUUCAGUAAAUGCUGCAGACCAAAGGGGCUGGUGGUUCUCUAGAGAAGAUGACUACUUCUUGGCUAAGGAGAGGUCAGACUGCUGCAAGGGCUAUGAAGAAUCUCUAGAAGUUAUCAAGACGGCCUUUGAAGAACAAGGUCCAUUUGAUGGUGUACUGGGCUUUAGCCAGGGGGGUUCCAUGGUCUCCUUAUUAUGCGGUUUACGGGAACAAAAUCCAGAUUCUCCAUUUAAGUUUGACUUCGCUAUACUCGUUGCAAGUUUUCAAAGCCGUUCUUCUCAACAUGAUAUCCUUUAUUCCAAACCUAUCACCUUGCCAACAUUGCACGUUUUCGGAGAUACGGAUAAAGUCAUUCAAAAAGAAAUGAGUGAAGAGCUCCUGCCACACUUUGUGAAUCCCAUAACGCUUCAACAUCCCGGAGGACAUUUCAUACCUGCAUCUGGCCCACAAAAAAAAGUCUACUUAGAAUUCCUCAAGGACAUGAUGGCGAGGAAAAUCAGCUCUUGA